AUGCAACCUAAAUCAAUAUAGAGAAAAGAGUCUAUGGUUCCUUAAGGUACUUCAAUAUCUAUUUGUUCUUCGAUGUUAUUCAUGAUAGGUUAAUCAUGGUAUGAAAUGAAAAGAAGACCUUAUGGAUAUUGUGUAUCAUUUUUUAGUGUUUUGAUUGUUGUUGCUGCAAGUGCUGUUAAUUAAUCUAUAAUUGAUAGAGCACCUUUUGUUUUUUUUAAAUUAGCAGAAGGUCUAGCAGCUCAAUCUGACAUAUUGUAAUUAAUAAUUUAAGAUUAGGUUGAAUGUAAAUCCUAAUUAUUUAAGUGAAGAACAGGAUAAAUCUCCUCAAUAUUUGAUUAUUAUUUAUAGUGGCACAGCAAGAUAAUAAGGAUAUCUUAUAGUUGACUUUAUGAAUUUCACUAGGGUGAAUGAAAUAUUAGGACCAGAAAGAGCAAAUUAAACAAGUCCAAGAAUUUAAUAUUAAAUGAAUUUUACAUACUUAUAAAAAACAGGUGAUUGUGAGAAUGUAGAUAUUGAUGAUAUAUGAAAUAGUUAGUGAAAUAAAGCAUAAUAAUAGUUAAUUAAAAUAAAAAUAAAAAAAUGUUAGAAAUUUAAGAAUAUCUAAAAGAUAGGAAUUUGGAAGUUAAGCUCAUUUUAAUGAUUUAAGAGAUGGAUAAUAUUUAGGUCACAAUUGCGGAGGUUAAUAACCACAUCUAGAUAUAUUGAAAGAGAAAGCAAUAAGAUUGGGUUGGGAAUAUCCAUUUGGUGAAUUUAAGAAACAGAAAUAAUAAUGA